AUGGCUGAAGGAUAUGUAGCAUGGGAUUUAAUGGUGUUAGAAGAAAGAGUGAGACAAGUAGAACGAAGAAUUGAGAGAAGAGUGCUCCGCGACGCUCAAAAUCCAUUUGAACUGCCUUAUAUCGAAUUUCUCUCAUACUAUAGAGUUAACAAAGAAUUAAUUAUGGAUAUUGUCAACGUGCUAAGACCAUAUUUACAACCACAACGCAUUAAUGGAUUAUCUCCAGAAAUACAAGUUUUAACAACAAUUGGAUUUUUUGCUCAUGGUAGUUACCAAAGGCCAAGUGGAAAUCAGUGUGAAUUGGUUAUAAGCCAACCGUCUGCAAGCCGUUGCAUAAUGUGA